AUGUCUCCCUCUUCUUUGCAUGCUGGGGAGCUGGGGACUAUCCUUAACGCACUUCUGCGAAGUGCAUGGCCCGACCUCCAUUCUCUGCUCUCAACCAGCGAAUAUGAAGACCAUCCCUGGUUCUCGCAUCGGUUAUCAGGUCGCACGGAGACGGACAGGUUGAGUCGCAUCGCUCGCGCUGAUAAUGAAACCUGCGCAAGCUGCAGCCUAACGGUCCCCAAGGGUGUAAGCGAACAACUUCCACCUGGUGGACCGGGGACUUUGAAGGCGGAUGGCAAGGGCCGAAAUGGAAGCCCAGUGCUACGCUCCAGAGAAAUCGUGUAUUCCUGUAGCGGAUCUCGGUCGGAUUAUGAUGCUGAGCCCCACCCGCAUCACUCGCCCGGUACCUCCCUUCACUCCUCCGCGUCGUCGGAAACUUCCUCAUGUCACACCCAUAUCGUGAACUAUCUCUCAUUACACGGGCCGCCAAUCCCCGAUGAUUAUGCACUUCUACGUAGCGCCUCAAUUAGAACGCUGAGCUGUGAGCUCUUGCCUCGCGGGCUCUCAUCAGGGCCCUUGUCGUUCGGGGACCCCGUUACGGGUUACACUAUCGCCUAUGUUUUUCGCCUCCCGGACCCUAUGGCUCGCGGCAAACGCCGGAGCUAUGCGCUUCUUGCCCUGGCAGGAAAGGACGCCGGCAAAGCCUUCCGUGCGUCCCCGCUAAUCUGGCGCGUGUUCGGUCGCAUCGCUGCGAGCAUCGUUAGUGCUGCUGAACGGCAUCAGGAGUCGGAAAAGUGCAAGGAAGAAGGCGGGAUUCCCACUUCUGCCGCUGCUGCUGCCACUACAAGCAUGGCCAACGGACGGAACUACACGCCCAUUUCUUCCUUCCUGACCGGCCGAGCCCUGGGCCCAGACGGCCAACCGCGCCGCGCCGGCCAAAUCCGCGCACGCAACCUUGCAGAGAUCGUGGGGAACGAAUAUAUCUUUGCUGAACUGCACGCGCAAUUUGUCGCCUUGCUCCAGCAGCUGUGUGUUAUGUUUGGCGGAGCCCGCAUCCCGGACGAUCGCUCAGUCUCGAGUUCGUUUGAGGAGGAGAGUACCUUUUCGCCACGUCGACAGUCUCUGUCGGGCGAUUGCGGGAGGGGGACAAUCGACACCGGCAUGACCACUACCAGAACAAGCGGCAGUCCCGCUGAUCCUGGGAAUCCUAGACACGAUUAUGACUCAUCCUCCGUCAUGCUCUCGCCGGCGCCGAAACCAAUACCCAUAUCUCAUCGUGGGCGACAGGUAGCAGCCUAG